AUGAUUGAAAUGAUACCUUCAUAUCUUUCUUCAAGAAGGUUGUUUUCUGCUUCCUCAAGUGGACCACACAAGCCCGAUACAGGAAACAGUGGAGAUGUACCCAAAAGUAGUGUACCUAAAAUUCUAAGUGGAGGUCUUGCAUUGGGUUCGGUAUUCUUGGUUGUUUACUAUUCUGGGGCUUUGGAUAGUUAUAUUGACAAAAGGUCACCAAGCAUCAGUGAGUUCGACAAGGCCCGGCUUGGCUACAGUAACACACAGACAUCUCCCGAACAGCCAAAGGCAGAUGAAGCUCGUGAAAUAAGUGAAUCAAUUGACAGGAAGAAUUCGCAGGAGUCAGAUGUGUCAAGUUCCGAUAGCGAACAUGUGAAGCAAGAUGUUGAAACACAGGCAGAUGUUAGCAUCCCGGAAAAUUUCACAACUGAAGAGGAUAAAAGCUUUCAGGCCAAAGAUACGACUGUUCAGACUUCAGAGAAUGUCAAUACGCUUGAAGGGACAGAUGUGUCUAAUGCCCCUCAAAGCAGCAGCAUAUCAGUAGAAGCUGUGACUAGUGAACCAGCUGAAGUGAGUGUUGAUCUGAGUAGUUCAGGGGCGAAGCCUUAUGGGGAGCUGGUCAAGGCUAUUGAAACUGGACCAGAUGCUACCUCAGAAGACAAAACUACAGCUGAUAUUGAGAUGAAGUCUGUCCCGAGUGAGCAAACCACCAUUCAAGGUGUGCAGGAGGGUGAUGCUGCACAAAGAGUCGAUUCCCUCCUUGACGAUUACUGUUUAACAGAUGAUUCUGGAAAACAAUAUGCAUCUUCGUCUGAAAAACUUAAGGAUAUAAGUUCAGGACUGGAGGAUGUUCGGGAUGGUUACAUAACGAAAGAUGGAAAACUGAUUCUCGAUUUCUUGCAAGCCAUACAUGCUGCUGAGGAGAGGCAAGCAGAGUUGGAUGCUCGUACUUACUCUGAAGAAAAGAGAGCAAUUAAAGAGAAGUAUGAAAAGGAACUCAGGGAUGCAAGGGUCAGGGAACUCAUGUAUGCUGAGAGGGAAGCCAUUCUAGACAAGGAAUUGACUAGAGAAAGAAUUAAGGCUGCUGCUGCUCUCAAAUCACUUCAAGAAAAGUUAGAAGAAAAACUUAGAACAGAACUUGAGCAAAAGGAAAUGGAAGUCGAACAAAAAUUGAAGCAAAUGCGAGAUAUAGCUAAAGCUGAAUUGGCCGCAGCAAUUGCAAGUGAGAAAGCUUCCCAGAUUGAGAAAAUGGCUGAAGCGAAUCUUAAUAUAAAUGCUUUGUGCAUGGCGUUCUAUGCACGGUCUGAAGAAGCUCGCCAGAGUCAUUCUGUACACAAGCUUGCCCUGGGAGCACUAGCUUUAGAAGAUGCACUAUCCAAGGGUCUACCUGUACAAAAGGAAAUUGAGGCCCUCCACACUCAUCUUGAAGAUAUUGACAAAGACUCACUAGUAGAAGUGGUUCUAUCUUCUCUCCCCGAGGACACUAAAAAAUAUGGAACAGAUACUCAGUCCCAAUAUCAGAACAAUCUCCUGUCCUUGCAGUUUGAUGGCUUGAAGAGUACAUUGAGACAUUACAGUCUAAUUCCGCCAGGCGGUGGCGGAAUAUUAUCACAUUCAUUGGCUUACAUUGCUUCUUGGCUGAAGUUUAAGGAGGUGGACCAAUCAGGUGAGGGAAUCGAGUCUAUCAUAAGCAGAGUCGAGAGCCUGUUAGCUCAGGGUAAGUUGUGUGAAGCUGCAGAUACUCUGGAAAACGGGCUCGAAGGCAGCCAGGCAGCAGAAGUGGUCAAUGAGUGGGUUCGAAAAGCUAGAGAAAGGGCCGUUACUGAGCAAGCUUUGACUGUUUUGCAAUCUUAUGCAACUUCUAUCAGCUUAACGUGAAAUUAGUAAAUUACCCAUAUUUGAGUUUCUAAUUGUUUGUUACCAAGGGCUAUUAUGAGUUGACAGGCAUUUUGAGGAUGUUUUUUUCUUAUCAGGGCUAAAGAGUGUUUUAGCAGUUUUUGGCUGUUUUAAUCCCCAGUUGUUAUACUAUUGUAUGUAGUCGUGGGUUAUAAUAAAUUUCCCCCUCGAAUUGUCUGGAGAACGAUGAUUUUCCACCGGCCAGGUGGCAGUUUUUUUGCGGAAAAACGAAAAAUAGAAAAAGAAACCGACUCUUUAAGUGAUUUUGCAAAACUGUAUUCAGGAUGCAUUCAGUUGUUUUGGCUCGGGAAAAUCUUAUGAUGCCAAGUGAAAUGGAAAUGGAAAUUCUUGAAGACUUGUGUUUUUUGUAUAUUAUGUUUCAGUUUUUUUUGACAGGAAAAGCAAUAUGAAUGAUUCUUUGAUUGUGCUUCGACCUCAUGAAGCAACUCGAGUCGAA